AUGUCUACCCAGACAUACCACGUCCGUCCCGGCCGCCUCUCCGACAUACCAAAGCUCAUGCCCAUCUUCACCACCACCAUCGCCCGCGACCAGCUCUUCACCAUCCUCUUUCCCCUCAAGAACAGCCAUGGCGAUUCAGGCCCGGAAGUCGACAUCGACGCCAUGAAAACGUACAUGAACCGCGUCUUCGCUCUCCGCUACUGGUCCCCAAACUUUCGUCUCUCCGUCGCUUUUAGCGUCGAUGACGUCGAGUGUGCUACUCCCCUGGCAUUCUCAUGGUGGAAAUUGCCUGACUCCCAGCUGAGUCUUUACGAGAGAUGGCUAUCACCAUACGGCAUAAACCCCACCGCAUCAACCAUGUUCAGCCGCUUCAUCGAGAGAGAGAUUGAACCCGCCAUCUUUACACCUCCCACCACCGAUUCCAAGUCCAGGUCCAUGUCCACGUCCACGCCGUCCUCUCAAGAUGAGAAUGAUGAAGAUGAGGUUAAAGUUGGAAAUGGAAAUGGAAAUGAGAACGAGCAUGCUAGAGAGGAUGCGGAAGAGGAAAAGAGAUAUGCCCGCCGCCGCCAAGCCUUCUACCUCAACACCCUGGCCGUCCUUCCCUCCCUCCAGGGCACAGGGCUGGGCAGCUUCCUCCUGCGCCACGGCCUUCGCGCCGUCGACGACCGCGGCGCCGCCGCCUGGCUCAUCGCCCUCGCCGGCGUCGAGCCCUUCUACCGGAGGCAGGGGUUCGUCGAGGUCGGCAGGGCCAAUGUCGGCGAGAUGUCUGGCUGGCGCGGGGGGGCCAUCAUGUUUAGGGAGUAG